AUGAAGGAGAUCCAGUUUGUAAAUGGUCCAACCUUGAAGUCUUCUGGCUCACGGCAACUUCAACGAAGCCUACGCUCUCAGGCUGUUAGGAAGGGCCUCGAGAAUCGGUUCCUGCGAUUGCAGAGAUCAUCUAGCCAUGAGUCGAAGAGUCAAUCGCCACCUCUCACGCGAGAGUCUCCGGAGAAGACGCCACCCAUAGUAAUCGUCGACGAAUUAGGGCCAGAAGCCGAGCAGUCUAUCUCAUUGCUAGCUUUCACUCCCUACGACGCGUGGACGCAGGAGACCAUACAUUUCAGUGUCUAUGUGAUCUGGGCCGGCUUUCGCAAGCUCGACAAUUUCGCGCUCCACUUUGCGGAGACCAUCCUACCGCUGGCAGAGAAGCAUCCAGAGCUACGGGCCUCGCUAUUGUUCUGUGCAUCCAGGCAUCGCGACGCUCUGACUGGGGUUCGCGAUGAUCAUUUCAAUCGACAAAUGCUGCUCAAGUCCUGGGCAUUGCGUGAAGUACGCCAGGCUCUUUUUAGCCUGCACGGAGCCGAGUAUGGUGACGCGCUUGUGCACAGCAUCUUAUGGCUUGCAGUCAAUGAGAAUACUGCUUGUAUACCUGUGCAGGAGUCGGACCCAUCCCCGUUCAUGCCUCCGAUGCAGUCACGACACUGGCUGAAACACUAUGGCACUAUGCAGUUCGAUUGUAAUCACUGGGAAGCAUGCAAGCAACUCAUCAAAGCCCGUGGGGGUAUACACAAGCUGAAGACCUACGGGACCGCGUGGCUAGUGGGAUAG